AUGCGCUCAACAAGGGUCGCUCCUUUGAAGCGUACCUUUGAAGGUGAGGAUGCCCCGAUCUCUUCACGUACCCGUUCGCGCAGUCGAUCAAAGAAGCGCAAAAAUGCACCAAAGGAAAGCCCUCUCAAGCCCGCCAUUCAUGAUCAAGAUGUAGCCCUUAUAGAUAUAAAUGCAAACACACUGUUUGAGCUUGGUCUUAUUCACGGAGUUGAGCAGUAUAGCGUCGGUCAGAUGUCUACUGACUCGGAUGAUCUUUCUCUCGAUGGCUGGAUCCAUGGACACAACAAGCGCUUGAUGAUACCGGAACAGCCUUUCUGUUGCAAUCCAGGGAACUCAACAUUUUGGGGAUGGAUGCGA